AUGCAGCUGGCGGGCCUUGGCCCUGAACCUGCCACAAUGAUGGGCUUCUUCCCAGCCUGCUCCAAUCUAUCUGCACUGCGGCUCGGGAUUUGCGGGCACGGCCACUCGGUCGUGCGCGGUUUCGUUUCAGAUAUCUCAAUUUGUAAUGCUCUGGUUGACAUGUACGGUAAAUGUGGCGAUAUCCGUGCAGCAAGGCGCGUUUUUGAUGGGAUGGGUUUUAAUAAGGACGUGGUCUCGUGGAACACUAUGCUCAUGGGCUACGGUAUUAACGGGCUUGGGCCGCAAGCUGUUAUGCUUUUCAAGGACAUGCGGACCGUAGGCCCGAAACCGGACGAGAUAACUUUCGUUGCUCUCCUCUCGGCUUGCAGCCACUCGGGCCUUGUUGAGGAGGGGAGGCGCGUGUUUCGGGCCAUGAGGGAGGAAUUCGGGCUGUGCCCGAAGAUGGAUCAUUAUUUUUGCAUGGUGGAUCUGUUUGGUCGGGCUGGGCUUUUGGACGAGGCUUACGGGCUCGUCCGGGGCGGGAUGCCCUUCGAGCCCGACGCGCAUAUGUGGAAUGCUUUGCUGGCGGCAUGCAGGAUCCACAAGAAUGUGGAGCUCGGGGAACGGGUUUCGGGUGAGAUAUUCCGGUCGGUGGGGGGGGCAUCGAGCACGGGGAAUUUCGUUUUGUUGUAUAAUCUGUACACGAGCGCGUGGAGGUGGGAUGACGCGGAGAAGGUGAGAAUUGAGCAGAAGGAAUUGGGGUUUAGGAAAAAACCGGGAUGUAGUUGGAUAGAAGUGAAGGGGAGGGUUCAUGGUUUUGUAGGUGGGGGGGACUGUUCACAUGAAAGGUCGUCUGAGAUAUAUAACAAAUUGGAGGAGCUCGUUGUUGAGAUGCAAAGAUUGAUUGGUGUGUAG